AUGCAUGGCAUGAUCAAGAGUAACAGAGUUUCUGUGAUUCUAGUAAUCCUUUUAUCGGUUCAGGGCCUGUGUGAUCAAUUGUCUAUUUUUAGUUCUGUUCCUCUGUCGAUUGUCGCAGCUCUCUCGUUAUACACUGGAGAAGCAUUAUAUUCAUCAAGAUUCCACAGAAGCAUAUACUCUUUUAUACCAGGAUGCAAGGAAGGUGGGAGUAUAUCAUCCAUACACUCAGGAAGAUCACCUUUUAACAAACACAUAUCAUAUAUCGCAUCAAAUGAUUCUUCAGAUUUACAGAUUAUCCAAGAAAAUAAACAAUUAGACCUUGAAGGAAGAGUCUCUAUCGCAUCGCUUCUCAGCAGUUUUACUCACAAUAGACUGCAAGAUGGAUUAAAUUGUCAAAAUAACACUGUAAAUCAGGAGGAAACUCAAUCCUCUGGCGUUAUAAAGGUCCCUUGCCUAGUUAAAGUCACUGGAUGGAUCCAGAGUUUGAGGAAAGUAAAAGGUGGUGAGAUCCUUUUCAUUGAUAUAAACGAUGGAUCAUCAUCUAAAGACAUCCAAGCUGUAGUGAAUACCAAGAUUCCUGAAUUUAACUCCGUUUUGUCGCUAGAAAAGGGGGAUGCAAUCUCUGUAGUCGGAACUCUUGACUGGAGGCGAGGUAAGCCCUCGGACAAAUCCUCGUCUGAUGUUGAUAUAUACGUCGAUGAUGUAUCUUCUGGGCAUAAAACUGCUAUAUACCAAAAUGGUCCCACUGAUACUUUGAAUCCAGUUAUGCCAUCCGUAAAUUACUACUUUGAACAUUUGCGACAUUACCCUCAUUUAAGGUCAAGAAACAAAACAAUUGCUGCAAUCUUUAGAAUACGUGGAGAAAUGAUUGAAUUCACACAUAAAUUCUUCAAGGAGAAGGAGUACAUAUGCACAACUACACCCUUGUUGACGAAUAUGGAUUCAGAAGGACUCGGAGAACUAUUCAAGGUAUCAUUCGUGGCUGAUGAUGAAGAUGAGGCAAAGAAAAGCCAAGAAAUAAAGGAUGAUCCGACAUAUUUGAGUGUUUCCGGUCAACUGGAACUCGAGUCUCUUUGUUGUUCGCUUGGAAAUGUAUGGAAGUUUGGUCCAGCGUUCAGAGCGGACCGAUCUGAUACACCUAGGCAUUUGUCUGAGUUUUGGAUGCUUGAAGCAGAGGCAAUUGAUAUAACUCUGGAGGGAAUUAUACAUUUUAUCCAAGAGUAUAUUCAAAAAUGCUCAGAAUGGAUACUUUCAAAAUGUGCAGAUGAUGUCAAUCAUUUGGAUGAAACCCAUGGCAAUGGCUAUAGAAAUUCUCUCGUCAAGAUGGUGUCUUCAAACAUAGAGAUACUUGAAUAUACAGAAGCUGUAAAACUACUCAACAAGAUGGUUGAUGAGGAUUCAACUUCCGAACAUUCUAAAAUCUCCUGGGGAGAAAACUUAUCUGCAGCCCAUGAAAGAGCAAUAAUCAAGCAUUUCAAUGGUAUUGUUGCCAUAAUAAAUUAUCCAGAAGAAAUAAAACCAUUUUAUAUGAAGUACGUUUGCCAUAUCAACACUAAACUUGUAACUAGGUCUUCUGCGGAUGGAACCGUCCAAAAUUUUGAUAUUCUUGCACCAAUAGCAAACGAACUGGCAGGAGGUUCUAUAAGGGAAGAUACAUACGAUGUACUAAUAAGGAAAAUGGAAAAGUCGAACAUUUCUGGGAAAGAAUACAACAGAUAUAUACAACUGCGUCAAUUUGGAAAUAUACCGCAUGGUGGAUUCGGAAUAGGAUUUGAUCGUCUAGUCAUGUUGAUGACCGGUAUCCAGAAUAUCAGGGAUGUCAUACCUUACCCUAUAAUUAGGACAAAGGAUUCGAUUCUUUAG